AUGAAGCCAAAGGCGGCGUUUACCUGUAUAAAGGGAAGCCGGGUUUUCUCGUUGGAUUAUUUCCUCCCGAGCUUCUGGUGCGACACAGCGGUAGACGCUGGCUUGUUGGUUAAAUUACUGAGGCGAUCAGGUCGUGUGAUUGCUACAGCCGUGGUGAGGAGACGCGUGAGUGCAUCCGCCGUGCAGUACAGCGCCUCCAAGUUCUGGGGGUUUGAUUGCUGCCGUGUCCUCUCGGGGACCAACCGCCUGCUCUGCUGCUGUCUUGUCUUGCCUUGUUUUAUCUUGUGUUCCGAUCUGUUGGCUGUCCAGUUUUGUUCCUGCUGCUUGUCUCGCCUCGCCCCUGGGGGCUUUGGGUCUCACGCUAAGCCCCUUUUGGACUAUCGCUUCACUCCAGCUUUCGCGGCUGGUCGGGCGAUCCUCAGCUGCAUAUUGGGCUGGGGUUACAAGACUGGUACUGCCUCUCCCUUUUCUCUCAGUUGUGGAGAGCUGCGCGAGACUGAGUGGGGCUACGGACAAUCGGAACCAGCACCAGCUGUGGGCUGGCUCACAGAGUACAACGAACUGAGGAUCUACCAGCGGCCGUGGGACCUUAGGUGGCGGGUCGUUUUCCACACUUCUUUUGUUGUACAGCACCAGGUGAAUAGACUAUAGUGGGGUUUUUUUGUGUGGUUUUCUUUUGGUCCACCGCUGUUGGUAAGUCCCAGUUGUGUGUUUAUUUUUUAUUGUAAUUUGGGACACCGUUUUAGACAUUCAGUGCGUUGUUGUUGUUGUUGUUGUUGUUGUUGUUUUUAUUUUACAUUAAUAAAUAAAAUUGUUAAUAUUUGA